ACACACACACACACACACACACACACACUCUCCUCCCUCAUGUUCGUGUGUCGUUGGAUGUUUCUCCACCUGAACAGCAGCGACGACUUCGUCUGUUUUUUGGCGCCAUUUUCCUGGCGUGGCAGCAGCUGUGGGUCAGAAGAGCCUGUGUUGUGARGAGGAGCAGCCGAGGAUUAAAAGGCUUCUUUUCUCUCUUUUUCUUUCCUGUUUGAGACGGAACCAAACAAGYCCUGUCCUCUGUGUCCACAGGCUUUCAGGAGGACAAAAUAAAUAACCUGAUUUUUAUUUUGUGGAUUUAAAGAAGAUAAAAGAGCCGAAACAUUACAUCAGCCYAAGUUUGGAUUAUUUUAGGAGCAGAAACCUAUUUGAAAUGAACAGAAAGUGUUUGGAGGACAGUCGCAGACGUUGAUUGGACAUCAGUUAUCAGGAAGACGUGGAGGACAUCUGUGACCAUGUUGUGGUCUCCAAGGCUGUCCCUGUCCAACUUCCACGUGAAGCUGACGGCUAAAGGACUGUUCCGAAACCUUCAGCUGCUGCCGGGCUGCAGGAAGAACACAGUGGUGUUCCACGCAGUGGAGAAAAACAAACCCAGAGAGGCGCCGUCCAGAACCAGCAGGCCCAGCAGGCCCGGCAGGCCCGGCAGCACCGGCUCCGGCUCCCAGAGCGCAGCAGGAAACCAGCAGAACCAGCAGCUUCAGCCAGCUGAACCGGUACCAGAGGUUCUGACACCAGCUCUCCCAGUCCCAGCACCCAAUGCUGCCAGCACCACAUCUGGACCUGCAGGACUGGCCGGUUCUGGCUUCAAAGCCAGAACUGGGUCACGGUCCAGCCCUAGAACUGGGCCCUGGCCCCAGAAUGCUGCCCGGGCUGGGGCGGGCCAGACUGAGGCGUCAGAGGGGGCGGCGGCAGCCAAACAGAACCAGAACCAGAACAAAGAGCAGGUGGAGAAGAAGAACCUGGCCUUGGUCCAGCUGAGGAGGCUGCUGGUCCAGGGGAACCAGAAGGUGGAGGCUCUGGCUACAGUGGUCCAGCAUCUCUUCACUGAGUGGCUUCCUCCCAGACCUGCCAGCAGCUGCAGGAGGAGAAGGAGGCGGCUCUGAGGAGGCUGGAGGUGGAGCAUCAGGAGGACCUGGUUCAACUGGAGAACAGGUUGAAGAGUUUUUACCAGACAGAGUGGGACAAGGUGCACCAGGUGUACCAGGAGGAGGCCGACAGGUGUCGRCUCUUCAUGGAGCAGCAGGUGGAAGAGCUGAGGAGCAAACAGGAAGCAGAGAAGAAGAACCAGGAAGUGAUUCACAGUCAGGAGCUGGAGUGUCUGGGCCAGGACUACCAGAACUGCAUCCAGGAGCUGAAGAGGGUCCAGCAGAGCCACCUGGAGGAUCUGCAGCAGACCCUGAAGGACACAGAAACAUCUCUGGCUGAGAAGAUCUGUGAGCUGUCAGCAGAAAACCAGGACCUGAGUGAGAAACUGCGAGCAGAGGAGGAGAGGACGCAGAGAAUCCUGAGCGACAAAAACCUGAGGGACUCCCACAGCCUGUACCUGCAGCAGGAGCUGGACAGUCUGAAGGUGGUCCUGGACAUGAAGAACAACCAGCUGCACCUGAAGGACAAGAAGCUGAUGGACAUGGACACGCUGGUGGAGACCAAYGUGAGGCUGGAGGAGAGUCUGAAGAAGGUCCAGCAGGAGAACGAAGACUACAAGGCCCGCAUGGACAAACACGCUGCUCUGUCCAGGACUUCCUGUCCCCCUGAGGACAGGUAGAAGUUCUGCAGGACCGAGGACUUCCUGUCCCCCUGAGGACAGGUAGAAGUUCUGCAGGACCGAGG